UAGUCUGCCUAGUUGUCGACAGUAAACGCAGUGAGGCGGUCCUGAUCAGAGUUCUUAAAAAAAAGAAAAGAAAAAAAGUCGGUCUUUAGUUAGUUUUGUCCAAUUAUUUCUGAAUUUAUUAACUUCUGGCUAAACUCAUGGCUUCUACGGAUGUUGCUCGGCAGCCGGGUCAAGGAGUCCGGCCCCUGUCCCUGGCAGGCCAUGUGGGCUUUGACAGCCUCCCAGAUCAGCUUGUCAACAAGUCCAUCUGCCAGGGCUUCUGUUUUAAUAUUCUCUGCAUUGGUGAGACUGGUAUCGGAAAGUCUACCCUGAUGGACACUCUGUUCAAUACAAACUUUGAGAACUUAGAGUCAUCCCACUUUGAGCCUCAAGUGAAGCUGCAUGCUCAAACCUAUGACCUACAGGAGAGCAACGUCCGACUACGCCUUACCGUGGUCAACACCGUAGGCUUCGGAGACCAAAUGAACAAACAAGAGAGCUAUCAGCCAGUGGUGGACUAUAUCGACAGGCAGUUUGAGAGUUAUCUACAGGAGGAGCUAAAAAUCAAACGCUCUCUUCACAACUACCAUGACUCGCGAGUCCACGCUUGCCUUUACUUCAUCUCUCCCUCAGGUCAUUCACUUAAAUCCCUGGACCUGGUCACGAUGAAAAAGCUAGACAGCAAGGUGAACAUCAUCCCUGUGAUCGCCAAAGCCGACACCAUCAGUAAGAGCGAGCUACAUAAAUUCAAGAUUAAAAUCAUGAGUGAGCUGGUCAGCAAUGGCGUCCAAAUCUAUCAGUUCCCCCUGGAUGACGAGACCGUCGCUAAGGUCAACACUACUAUGAAUGGUCAUUUGCCUUUUGCUGUAGUAGGCAGCACAGAGGAAGUCUCCGUUGGCAAUAAGAUGGUGAAGGCUCGUCAGUAUCCCUGGGGUGUAGUACAAGUGGAGAACGAGAGUCACUGUGACUUUGUGAAGCUGAGGGAGAUGCUGAUCUGUGUAAACAUGGAGGACCUGAGAGAGCAGACACACACGCGCCACUACGAGCUGUACCGGCGCUGCAAGCUGGAAGAAAUGGGAUUUAAAGACACCGACCCAGAGUGCAAACCCGUCAGCUUGCAGCAGACUUAUGAGGCCAAGCGCCAGGAGUUCCUGGUGGAGCUGCAGAAGAGAGAGGACGAGAUGAGGCAGAUGUUUGUGCAGAGGGUGAAGGAGAAGGAGUCUGAGCUGAAGGAGGCUGAGAGAGAUCUGCAAGGUCGUUUUGAGCAGCUGAAGCGUCUCCACGCGGACGAGAAAGCAGCUCUGGAGGAGAAGAAGAGACUCCUGGACGAGGACCAGAGUUCCUUCGGCAAGAGACGAGCUGCCGCCCAGCUCCUGCAGGCCCAGAGCCUCACCGCCAACGGCAAGAAGGACAAGGACCGCAAGAAUUCUGGCUUCAUGUGAAGACGUUGGGGAUCUGAAGUACACUCCAGUAUGACCAGUACAACCAGUGACCUUCUGGCCACAUCCUUUCCAGCCCUUUUGUGGCCAGUCUCAAACACUAACCAGGAAAACCGCACACAGACCAGCAGUGUGUGUGAGCGUGAGUUUGUGCCAAAGUUUAAUGACUGUAUGUAUCCAUGAAUCCUGUGUAAACUUUCCUCAAUGGCAUAUUUUUAACCUUCUUAGUAGGUUUUAUACCUCUCUGUAAUAUUUUAUAUUUAUCCAUUCAUUUUUAUAUAAUACCUUUUUUUAUUUUUCAUAUACCUCCCCCUUUACAGUAAAUAAAAGAAUUGGAUACAUAACAAGUAACACUAUAUUAAAAGGGACCUCCUCACUUACAUCUAAUCUGCCUGCCAUCUUUAAUGUUUUGUAAUGCAGUCUUAUGGCUUCGCUAAUGAGAAAAACAUCUGUAACAUGCUUGUAAUUUAUUACAAAGCCCUUUUCAGACACGCACCUCAUGAGGAGCUUUACGUUUUGGUCUUGAUGUCCAAAUGAAUGCCACAUUAGAGACGAGCGUGUCUAAUAAAGCCUCAGAGUUAAACAAUCACUUUAUUAUUAUUAUUUUUUCCUCUCGCAGCUGUUAUCCAGCAGUGAGGAUGAAUAUAUUGUGAGCAUUGCAGCUCUCUGUGUAAUCGUCCUGUCAUGUUUAAAUAGAGCCCUAACAGAAUAAUUACUCCACCGAGACCUUUUUGAUGUUUAACAGAUAUGUAUUUAAAUCCAGCGAUGCAACAGAAUCCACGUCUGAAAAGGGCUUAAGUGAUCAUUUCUGAAAGCUGAUGUAGUGCAUUCAUCAUCAAGAGUUGUCAAAAUCCCGAUCACAGGGCAUUAUAAUUCCUUAUCCUUAUUAUGUCAGAUUUUUUUUUCUUCUCACACAUCCUUGAUGCUAGAACUAUGAGCACACCAGCAUUACAAAAAUCUGCACGAGCCCUGUGACUCCUAUUGCUGUUCCAAAGGGACUUCUGUUGUCCAAUCCCAGUUUUACAGUUUCCGAGGAGGCUGAGGCUUGGUUGUGGUACUAGGUACAUGUUACAGCAUAUAUUUAUAUAUACAGUGUGUGUGUGUGUGUGUGUGUGUGUGUGUGUGUGUAUGUACACACACACACACACACAGUGUUUUACUUGCUCCCUUAUUUUUACUGACACAAGCCCUUAAAGUGUGCAAUGCAGUCUGUCUGAAAAGCGCUGACUCGUGGAAAAAAAUGCAUCAUGUCAAGUCAGUGUUUGUUGAGGAAGUACAGAAGAGAGGGAAGAUGCAUUUGUGACUGUAUUUUUUUUUUUUUUUUUUUUCAUUUCUUUAUUCACUUCUGUCUGGAGUCCCGAUGAGACAGGGUUUCACACCUCGAAGCAUUUUACAGAAUAGAGUAAACCACAACAAUGAAGUGUGAUUUCUAAAAACCAACAUUUACUCACAAACACCGCCACUUUAGAGUUUACACUAGUGCUAAAUAUGUGUUAGUGCCUUAUCUGUGUGAAGCUUAAUUAGAAAUCCACUUAAGUUAUACAUCCAGGGCAACCCACCGAUGUCUGAUGGAGUAAAGCUUGUAAGACACAUUUGUACUACACUUGUAUUUAAGGAAUAAACAGUGUUAUUUGGGAGCUUUUUCUUCUUUCUAAAUAAAUCUUUGUAUUUUUGUCAUGAUA